GAGCAGCUCCUCUUUUGGUUGUUCUCCUCUCUCUCUCUCUCUCUCUUCCUCUCUCUCGCGAAUUGAGGUCGAGGAGGGAGAGGAUCCAUGGAGUUUGACAACAUCCACUGCAUCUCGUCGCCCGAUGCGAUGGACGAGGACGAGGGGGCGCGCAUCACUCACCCCUUCAUGAAGCCCUCCGCGGCGGCGGCGGCGGCGGGGCGGGCCGGAGGGAACGCCGCCGGAGGCGGCGGGGGAGGGGUCGCCGGAGCGGCGGCGGCUCCGGCGACCAGCGUGCACGAGCUCCUUGAGUGCCCCGUGUGCACCAAUUCCAUGUACCCUCCGAUCCACCAGUGCCAAAACGGGCACACGCUGUGUUCCACGUGCAAGUCCCGGGUGCACAACCGGUGCCCUACCUGUAGACAAGAGCUCGGGGACAUUCGUUGUUUGGCGCUGGAGAAGGUCGCCGAAUCGCUCGAGCUCCCCUGCAAGUACUACUCGUUGGGUUGCCCUGAGAUCUUCCCAUACUACAGCAAACUAAAGCACGAAGCGCAGUGCAAUUUCCGGCCCUACACCUGCCCGUAUGCGGGAUCGGAAUGCUCAGUUGUCGGGGACAUUCCGUUCCUCGUCACCCAUUUGAGAGAUGACCACAAAGUCGACAUGCAUACCGGGUGCACGUUCAACCACCGCUAUGUGAAGUCCAACCCACGAGAGGUCGAAAAUGCUACAUGGAUGCUCACAGUUUUCCACUGCUUUGGGCAGUACUUCUGCCUGCACUUCGAGGCGUUCCAGCUCGGGAUGGCGCCGGUGUACAUGGCGUUCCUGCGGUUCAUGGGCGACGAGGCCGAUGCGCGGAACUACAGCUACAGCCUGGAGGUGGGGGCCAACGGGCGGAAGAUGGUGUGGGAGGGCACCCCGCGGAGCAUCCGCGACAGCCACCGCAAGGUCCGCGACAGCCACGACGGCCUCAUCAUACAGCGGAACAUGGCACUCUUCUUCUCGGGCGGCGACCGCAAGGAGCUCAAGCUGCGCGUCACCGGCCGGAUCUGGAAGGAGGAGCAGAGCGCCGAGGCCGGCGCCUGCAUGCCCAAUCUCUGUAGCUGAAGCUGUGAAUUUGGUUUUGUUUAUUUCCCUUCCUUUUCUUUUCUUUUUUCUUUUUUUGGUUUAACUUCAUGACUGGGUUUGUUGUUGUAAUUUUGUAUCAUUGCCACUCUUGUUUGUUUUACUGUGAUGUUACAGUGUUGCUGUAUCAAUUGUUACCCUAUUCUUACUAAGAACAGAGUGCCCCAAGUUAUAUAUAUAUAAUAUAUAUGUUGCAUGUGA